ACACGUUAGAGAAUAGAGAUGUAGCCAAGGGAAAGGAGCCCAAAGAGUAAGCACAUAAACGGGCCUUUCUGGACUGGCCUUUUUCGGCCAACGAAAUAAACAUCUUUCUGGACUGGCCUUGAACUGCCCAAUAAUCCACCAACCACGUCGAAAGAAUUGGGAUGUACUUAGAUUGCAAGUGCAACUCUUAACUCUGAUUCGAGAAAAUCGAAGAUGAGAUUUACAGUUCCCAACUACAAAUGUGAAACUGUUGAGAGCAAAAUACAAAUUUUGAGAUGGAUAAGAUUUGAGAGAAGGGGAGAUUUCUGGUGUCAGAAGGGGGAAUGGAUUGGGGGCAAUAAAAUCCAACAAGUCAAUGUGAUCAAAUUCCAAACACAUUGAAGGAGGACAGGCUAACUCACAAGAAAAUUUUGUCAUCACAAGAAUUAAUUUGCAAGCUGUUACAGGACAAUUAAAUGUGCCUUGAAUUGAGAGCAUUUCCCCCCUUAUUGCAUCCUUUCUGAUAAAUCUGUACUCUUGAG